AUGAUCAGACCUUUUGUUCUCCUAUUAGCCUUAUUAAUUGUACAACAAAGUAAGUUAAAAAAAGUCACCUUGUUAAUUGCAUAAAAAAGCAAUUUAGAACUACAGUAAUCUUUGGUCCUCUGGUGACUUCAUGUCAGACAUCAUUGUUUAUUUUUGUUUUCGCUUGCAGUCCUUUUUGAUCCGUCAGACUUCUAUUUAUUUCCGGGUUAAUUUCAGUAAACGCCGCCAAAAAAUGUUACUCAGGACAGAACCAGAGAUACGCGGAAAAACAAUGUUCAAGUGGAGGAUUGGACUUGGACUACGCUUGUCAGACUUUCACAUGCGAAGGAGGGAAGUGUAAGUGAUUUUUUAGCCCUAACGCUUUGCUGUGCAGCUCCCUUUACUCUCCGAACCUGUGCCCGAAAGAACAUUGGAUGCAUUGCUGGGCCUAGGAUCUGCCAAUUCAGCGGAGGAAAAGGGAAAUGUGGACGUUGUGAUGGAGAUCUUUGUAAUCGAUAAAUAAACUUAACAAUCCCUUCCUUGAUGUGUAUAAUUCAUCCUCAGUCUUAGUCAUUAAUUUUUACCUUUUUAUAAAGGAUAAUAUAUUUUCAGCUCUUUUUGUGCUCAGAUUUUGUACCGCGAGUGAUUCAGACUUAGCAUGCUCCAAAGAGAUCGAAUUCUGCAACGCUGUACUCGGCAGAGGUCGUUGUGAUACUUGUUUUGCGGAUAAUUGCAACGUCCCAAACGGGACCGACAUGAUUUUUGAUGAGAUUGAUUCAUAUAAAAGGUUGGACCAGGACCAAGCAACACCUGUUGUCUGCGUCAUAAGUGGUUCGAGGACCUCAAGAAAGUCCUUUCUUGCAGUCAUAGCAACACUACUUCUAUUCUUAUAUUCAAAUAAACCUUGACAUCGACUCUCGGCACGUCAUUGUUUGCCAAAAGAUCUUGGCAUUUCGUUUAUACAUAGUUUUUAUUUUUCCGAAGAAGAGAUCGGAAGUUCGAAGGUUCCAAUCAAAGAUAGAGCGAAUAACUUCUAUGAGGUGUUUAGUCCGCCAUCCGCACGACGUUAAAAACGGAUCUCUGAUCUUAUAGUUGGUCAUUUUGCUUUACUUUUGUUUUGCGGCUUUUAUUUUCACUGUACGGACACAUUUGUCGGUGUAUUACUCAUUGAUACGUGUUAAGGUUUGUUUUUAGAUAUGGGUUUCGGGUUCGUUGCCCUUUGUUACCUAAUCGCUCUGAUCGCCGUGUCGUUUUGCAUAUUCUUCGCCAUCUACACAGUAAGUUAAUUACAAUGAAACAUGAAGUUGAAAUUUAGGUAAUUUGUAUCGAUGAACUUAAAACAGACUACAAAAAUCCGAUAAGCCAAUGUGACAACUUGAACAAACUUAUCCUUCCCGAGUAUGUCAUCCAGAUGGUCUUCACCUUCCUUUUUAUUUGUUCUGUCCAAUUAUUUGCCAUCGUCUGGAAUCUACCAUUGGUUGGAUACCACAUCUAUCGGUAAGUUAGGUUGUAAAAAAUCAUUUUUCCUUUAGUUACAUCAAUCGCCCGAUCAUGAGGGAGCCAGGAAUUUAUGAUCCGACCACCAUUCUGAAUAACGAUGAAUUGAAGAAGGCCAACCGAGAAGGAUGGAUCAAACUCGGUUUUUAUUUAAUCUCAUUCUUCUAUUAUCUUUAUGCGUAAGUCAAUUUCUCUCCACAAAGAUUUAAUUGUUCGAUUUCAGGAUGAUCUACACCUUGGUUUCCAGCUAA